CGGCGGAGGAGCCGGAGGAGCCGCGGCCCCCGCCACCCGGAGGAGGACGACGGCGGCGCCCGGAGCGGAGCCAUGGUGCCCUUCGUGCCGCCCGAGGGGGCGGAGGAGCCGCAGCCGGAGCCCGAAGCCGAGCCUUUCUGCCCUCCGCUUCUGCCCGCCUCAGCCGCCGGCCUCAUGGAGGUCUCCGGAGAGGGAGAGGGAGGCGGAGGAGGAGGAGGCGGCUAGUUGAAUGGCAUUAAAGUGGUGGAUGAACCUAUGGAAGAAGGGGAGCCUUAUUCUUACAAUGAUGAUGAAGGAUGUGUGGAAGAAAUACAAAUUACCCACCAUGUGAAAGAAGGAUGCGAAAAAGCAGAUCCUGCACAGUUUGAAUUGCUUAAAGUCCUUGGUCAGGGAUCAUUUGGAAAGGUUUUUCUGGUGAGGAAAAUUAUUGGUCCUGAUGCUGGACAGCUGUAUGCCAUGAAAGUUCUGAAGAAAGCUUCUCUGAAAGUUCGAGAUAGAGUUCGUACAAAGAUGGAGAGAGAUAUAUUAGUAGAAGUAAAUCAUCCAUUUAUUGUCAAACUGCACUAUGCCUUUCAGACUGAAGGGAAGCUAUAUUUAAUAUUGGAUUUUCUCAGGGGAGGAGAUGUGUUCACAAGAUUAUCCAAAGAGGUUAUGUUUACAGAGGAAGAUGUGAAAUUCUACCUCGCAGAAUUGGCCCUUGCUUUGGAUCAUCUGCACAGCUUGGGAAUUGUAUACAGGGACCUGAAGCCAGAAAACAUUUUGCUUGAUGAAGCAGGACAUAUCAAGUUAACAGACUUUGGCCUCAGCAAAGAAUCUGUUGAUCAAGAGAAGAAAGCCUAUUCUUUCUGUGGCACCGUAGAGUACAUGGCGCCUGAAGUGGUGAACAGGAGAGGCCACAACCAGAGUGCCGACUGGUGGUCGUUUGGUGUUCUUAUGUUCGAAAUGCUGACUGGUACGCUACCAUUUCAAGGUAAAGAUCGAAAUGAAACUAUGAAUAUGAUACUGAAAGCGAAACUUGGAAUGCCACAGUUCCUUAGCCCUGAAGCUCAAAGUCUUUUGAGAAUGUUGUUUAAAAGGAAUCCUUCAAAUAGAUUAGGAGCUGGUCCUGAUGGGGUUGAAGAAAUAAAGAGGCAUCCUUUCUUUUCCACCAUUGACUGGAAUAAACUAUACAGAAGAGAAAUCCAGCCCCCAUUUAAACCUGCUUCUGGAAGGCCAGAAGACACAUUUUGUUUUGACCCAGAAUUCACAGCAAAAACACCAAAAGAUUCUCCAGGCGUUCCGCCGAGUGCUAACGCACACCAGCUCUUCAAAGGCUUUAGCUUUGUUGCAACUACUGUAAUUGAAGACCACCGAAUCUCCCCUCUCAACAAUAUAUUGCCAAUAGUACAGCAACUUCAUGGGAACAGCGCACUAUUCACAGAUGCCUACGAACUGAAAGAGGACAUUGGCGUUGGCUCUUAUUCAGUCUGCAAGCGCUGUAUUCACAUAGCUUCAAACAUGGAAUUUGCUGUAAAGAUAAUUGACAAAAGUAAGAGAGAUCCCUCUGAAGAAAUUGAAAUUUUGAUGCGUUAUGGACAGCACCCUAACAUUAUUACUUUAAAAGAUGUAUACGAUGAUGGUAAAUAUAUCUACCUUGUCACAGAACUGAUGAAGGGAGGGGAGCUGCUGGAUCGUAUUCUCAGACAGAAGUAUUUCUCAGAACGGGAAGCAAGUGCGGUGUUAUAUACUAUCACCAAAACGGUUGACUACCUUCAUUGUCAAGGAGUGGUGCAUCGAGACCUCAAGCCAAGCAAUAUUUUAUAUAUGGAUGACUCUAAUAAUGCUGACUCCAUUAGGAUUUGUGAUUUUGGUUUUGCAAAACAACUGCGAGGGGAGAAUGGGCUUCUCUUAACUCCAUGCUACACGGCCAACUUUGUGGCACCGGAGGUUCUUAUGAGACAGGGAUACGAUGCUGCUUGUGAUAUUUGGAGUUUGGGUGUCCUCCUUUAUACCAUGCUGGCUGGGUAUACUCCUUUUGCCAACGGGCCCAAUGACACACCUGAGGAAAUCCUGUUACGAAUAGGCAGCGGGAAAUUUUCUUUAAGCGGAGGCAACUGGGAUACUGUUUCAGAUGCAGCAAAGGAUUUGCUCUCUCAUAUGCUCCAUGUCGAUCCACAUCAAAGAUACACUGCGGAACAAGUUCUUAAGCAUUCGUGGAUAGCCUGUAGGGACCAGCUGCCGCAUUACCAGUUGAACAGGCAAGAUGCACCUCAUCUGGUAAAGGGAGCAAUGGCUGCCACAUAUUCUGCACUGAAUAACAAGACUUUUCAGCCUGUCUUGGAGCCUGUUGCAGCUUCAAGCUUAGCUCAGCGGCGCAGCAUGAAAAAGCUGACGUCAACAGACUUGUAGGUCCACUGGGGCAUUUAGCUGAAAUGGAGCAGGGGAAAAAACAUCCAUUAGGUGACUCUGCACUUCCCUGGUCCGUGAUUUAAAAGGCAUAUACAAAUUCCACCUGCACUACUUGAAUUCUGCCGAGGAAAUGAGAAAAAAGUCCACAGGUUUGGAUGGAUUCAUAACGCUUUUUGCGGGAACUGAGGAUGGUUCGUUGAAGCAAAGUCCUGGAAUACAUCAGAACAGUUACCAAUUUCUGUACACAAUUAUUUCCAGAGCUUUGUUGGAUUAUGUUAAUACUUUUAAAUAAUGUAUAGCUUUUACCCAGUUGAUUAAAAAAAAAAAACGGCUAAGGGGACCACAGACACUGUUCAAGUUGUAAAUUUAAAAACUCAAGAAGAAGAAAAAAAUAGUCAGUGUUUAGUAUUUUUGUUAUUGGGCCCUGCUGUAAAGAGAAGAGAAAAAGAGAGAUUAAAUUGAUGUGGUUUAGUCGUGCGAUUUGGUCACUCUUACCAGUGGACUCCAUUCACUUAACUCAUGGGUGUAACAAGACGAGGUCAACAGAAAGAAAGGCUCUGCCAGAGUGAAUUGCUAAAAUGUUAGCCCUAGACCUGACUGGUGGCAGGCAGUUGAAGAAAGUAUACAAAGAGAGUCAGCCAUGAACCCACACUUCAAAUGUAGUAUGAAAACCAUCGUUAGAACUAUAGAAUUGAUUGGGCUUGGGAGUUACUUCAUUGUAAGGCUGUUGGGGGGUGGUGAUGGUGAAGGUGAAAACCUGUUAUAUUUUUAACGUAUGUACGACAUCCCCAUACUUGAAGUUGCUUAAAAAAAAAUGUAAAAGGUGAGUAGCUGUCUGUUGGGUAUGCGUUAGGUAUAGAAUUAAGACAUUUAGGUAUAGAAUAUCUAGGGCUGUGUGUUGAUUUAGAAGAGCCCCUUUAACAAUAUGAUCCUUCUGUGAUAAAGGAUUGGAUGUGUUCCAUUAUUGGUGUAUAUUUCUAUAA